AUGUCGGUUCAACUUGCGGAAUAUUUCAGUAACUCCUCUGCAGCUGUUGCAAGAGGCUCGUUUGAUAGGAUUGAGAAGAAUAGAAGGGCGUCUUCCUCAUCUUCUGCAGAACUGCAAAAGGAUAAAAUUGUGCAAAUUGAUGAGUCGGUAACUCAAAACGAAGAUAGCAGUGAUGAUAGCGAAGAUUUUGGCGAGUACAGCUCAAUCUGGAGCAAGAUAUACUAUGAGUAUAUCUUGGUGAACAAGUCACUCAGUAAACUUACGAUACGUGAGUCAUUCUUGUAUAACGAUGAUUUGAAACCUGUUGAAGAAAAGAGAAGACGCUGGGCGUGGUUCAAUUACUUGUGGUUUUGGCUAGCAGACUGUUUCAACAUCAAUACUUUCCAGGUUGCAGCAACAGGUUUACAGUUAGGUCUUAACUGGUGGCAGACGUGGAUUACUGUGUGGAUUGGUUACAGUAUCGUUGGUAUUUUGGUCAGUGUUUCUUCGAGAUGUGGUGCCAUGUACCAUAUUUCAUUCCCUGUGGUUGCUAGGUCAUCCUUUGGUAUUUACUUUUCGCUUUGGAGUGUCUUGAAUCGUGUUGUUAUGGCUGUUGUGUGGUAUUCAGUACAAGCGUGGAUCGCAUAUACCCCAGUGUCGCUAAUGUUACAAAGUAUUUUUGGAACUGACUUGCCCUCGCGUAUCCCUGAUGGGAUUUCAUCCCCCAAUGCGACGACGUACCAAUUCAUGUGCUUCUUUUUGUUUUGGUUAGUGUCGUUCCCAGCGUUGCUUGUGCCACCUCAUGCGAUCCGUCAUUUGUUUACAGUCAAAGCGUGUCUGGUUCCAUUUGCCGCUUUUGGGUUUUUAAUUUGGACCUUGAAGAAGUCCCACGGCAACAUUGCGUUAGGUGAUCUUACCGAUAUUAAGGUGAGCGGUUCUGCUAAAAACUGGGCUUACAUGAGAGCCAUCAUGGCAUCAUUGGGUAACUUCGCAACGCUAACCGUCAAUGCUCCGGAUUUCUCUCGUUUUGCCAAGACAAAGCACUCUUCCUUCACAGUUCAAGCUUUGGCAAUUCCAUUUUUGUUCUCCAUCACCUCUUUGAUCGGUAUUUUGGUUACUGCUGCUGGUUACAGCAUGUACCGCGUGAACUACUGGAGUCCCGUUGAUAUCAUGGAGCAAUUCUUGCACGAUUCGUAUUCAAGCGGUACGCGUGCUGGUGUGUUCUUGAUCUCGUUUGUGUUUGCGCUUUCUCAAUUGGGUACCAACAUCUCAGCCAACUCGCUUUCAGCGGGUACCGAUAUGACUGCCAUGUUGCCCAAGUUCAUCAACAUCAGACGCGGUUCUGUUAUUUGUGCGUGUUUGGCACUAUGCAUCUGCCCAUGGAACCUUAUGUCAUCUUCGAGCAAGUUCACCACGGUUUUAAGUGCAUACGCCAUUUUCUUGUCGUCCAUUGCCGGUAUCGCUGCUGCAGACUACUACGUAGUGAGACGCGGGUACAUCAAGCUCACGCAUUUGUACUCGAUCAAACCAGGGUCCUUCUACAUGUACGGUAACCGUUUUGGGUUUAACUGGCGCGCACUUCUCGCGUACCUGGGCUCGAUGGCCUUCAAUUUCACAGGAUUCAUCGGCGAAGUCGCCGACGACGUCAAAGUGUCCAAAGCUGCGAUGCGCAUAUAUUACCUAAACUACAUUGUUGGGUACGUUUCCGCAUUCGUGCUAUAUACAUUCCUGUGUUGGCAAUUUCCUGUCCCGGGCACACCUGUGCGUAAUAUCUUAAGGGACAAAGGAUGGUUCGAGAAAUGGGCUGAAGUGGAACAUUUCCCAGAGGAAUGGCGGGAGAUGAUGCAAAAGCCGGAUCUAUAUGAGGACCAUAAUGAGGAUGGGCUCAAAUAUUAG